GAGAUGCUCACGGUCAUGGUGAGGGACGGCUCUGAUCUAGCACCUUCAGGAUUGAUUGAGAGCCUCUACAGGGUGAGGAUGUCCGGCUGCUCCAAUCCUCUCUAUCUUAAGACGAGGUGCAGGUGGACAUGGUCACAUCACGGGCCAGUAAGGCUUCCAGAUCGCCCCGUCCUUGCCUCAGGAGGAGUUCCCAAUCAAGAUGCUGACCUGCAAGAGAAGGGGGACCGCCGCCGCUCGCGGGAGAUGGGGGCCGCUGCGCCCUGCUCCACUUACUUCAUAUCGCCGUCCUGCUCCGCGUCCACGGCGGCCAUGCCCUGUACCAGACGUGCGGUGCCAACAACCCGGAGGCGCUCCGGGCCUUCGACGACGGCAUGGAGAGAAAACGCGUCCGUCCGCUUGGGUGGGGGGCCGACAGCGGCAGGUAGUGCUGCGCCUGAAUGGGCGUCUCCUCCGACCUCGGAACGGGGCUGGGAGAUGCAGUUCUUGCCUCCAAAGGCCCUGUCGCCAUACGGAUUCAACAAGGUUGUUCUACGCGUCUCCAGGAUUUGGGAAUGCAGGAAGCAAGAUUCGGGAAAUCUGCAUGAGCUAGGUUUCAUUGCUGUCGACCAUGAGCACACCACUCUCACCGCCGAGCCGGACCGCCUGCACUGGAAGUGGAACGCAAGCGGCACCUACACCACCCACUCCGCGUACCUGGCAACCUUCCAUGGCUCCGUCACCUGCUGCGGAUGGAAGCUCACCUGGCAGGGCUGGGUGCCGCUGCGUGUACGCUUUUUUCACUGGCUGGCCAAUCUUGACCACUGCUGGACAGCUGAUCGCCUUGCUCGCCGUACUGAUGAUGACGGAAGUGUUUUUUCACCGCAGAAUUGUUUCUCUUAG